CAGGAACAUUAUAGCCUGGAUUGCCUUAACCUGAAGACGGAGAUAUUUUCUUUUUUCUCUUAUGGGAUAAGCAAAACUUGAAGAUGAUUAAAGGCCAGGGUGACAGCAUGCCCCUUCUGAUCAAAGACAGAAUAGCCCCAGGAACCCCUCCUCGGACUCAAAAGAUUAUGGAAAACCAGAUGAAAAAAACUGACACCACAGACUUUCCUCUCAUACCGAGCAAAUCCUCUCCUCCGGUGUUUUCCAAACCCAUGGAUUCAACCAUUAGAAUUGGUGACAGCAGGAAAAGCGAGGAUAUAGAUUCCCCUCAGACCCCUCAGGAUGUGUCCGAACACUUGCUCCGACAAUAUAAUAAUAGGUAAGAUUCUUUCACACAAUUAAGCCGCAGGAAGAAUGCACGGAGACCACCAAAAAACCUUCUGUUUAAGACAGUUUCUGAAGGUGAUGUGGAGGCUUUAAAAAGGCUUCUCGAAGAAGCAAAGGAGUCAUCUUCUGGAUUUACAGAGAGGAGUGCACAAGAUUUUUUUAUGUACAAACUAACAUCAAAGGACACCGGAAAAACCUGUCUGAUGAAGGCAUUAUUAAACAUAAAUGAGAACACGCCUGAAAUUGUACAGAUCCUGCUUUCAUUUGCAGAAGAGAAUGGGUUCCUGGAUAGAUUUAUUAAUGCUGAAUAUACAGAAGAAAACUACAAAGGACAAACCGCAUUAAACAUAGCCAUAGAAAGAAGGCAAAGUGAUCUUGUAAAGUAUCUAAUUAAAAAGGGAGCCAAAAUAAAUGUACGUGCACAGGGAAGGUUCUUUAAUCCAAGGAAUAAACAUGAAGGAUUUUACUUUGGUGAAACUCCAUUGGCAUUGGCCGCUUGCACCAAUCAAUCUGAUGUGGUGCAGCUACUCAUGGAGAAUAAUCAGACAGAUGUCACCAUUCAGGACUCUUUGGGAAAUACGGUGCUCCAUGCUUUGGUUACAGUAGCAGAACACUCCGAGGCACAGAACGCAUUCAUAAUACGGAUGUAUGACACAAUCCUCAUGGCCUGUAAAAACAAGUCUUUGGAAAGCAUAGUUAACAAUGAUGGCCUCACACCAAUGCAACUUGCAGCCAAGAGCGGAAAGACAGAGAUUCUUCAUUAUAUACUCAGUCGAGAAAUAAAAGAAAAGGAAAAUCGGGUCCUUUCCAGAAAAUUCACAGACUGGGUUUAUGGGCCUGUCUCCUCCUCACUAUAUGACUUGAAUGAUAUAGACACUACCAGUCGGAACUCACUGCUUGAAAUUGUGGUCUACAAUGCCAACAUUGAUAACCGCCAUGAAUUGUUGGCUUUGGAGCCCCUUCACACAUUACUACAAAUGAAAUGGAAAAAGUUCGCCAGAUACAUGUUCUUCAUAUCUUUCCUCCUUUCUUUCAUGUACAAUGUUGUGUUAACGCUUGUCUCCUACUACCGGCCUCGCGGAGAUCAGGCUCUGUAUCCAUUAAGUCUGUCGCAUGACAAGGGAUGGCUGCAGCUAUUUGGACAGAUGUUUAUUAUUAUUUGCGCUACUUACUUAAUGAUCAAAGAGGGUGUGGUUAUUUUUUUGACGAGGCCGUCAGACCUGCGGAUGAUGCUGUCAGAUGCCUGGUUCCAUGUCUUAUUUUUCAUCCAAGCCGUCCUGGUUGUAUUGUCGGUUUUCUGUUACUUGUUUGGGGUAAAGGAAUACCUGGCAUUUCUUGUCUUAGCUAUGGCACUCGGAUGGGCAAAUAUGCUUUAUUACACAAGAGGAUUCCAGUCCUUGGGAAUCUACAGCGUGAUGAUUCAAAAGGUCAUCUUGAAUGACGUACUGAAGUUUCUGUUCGUAUACAUUCUGUUUUUAUUUGGAUUCGGAGUUGCACUUGCAUCGCUGAUUGAAAACUGUGCGGAUGGGGACGAGUGCAGCGCCUACAAGAGCUUCAGCACAGCAAUCGUGGAGCUGUUUAAACUCACCAUCGGAUUAGGAGACUUAGAGAUCCAGCAAGACUCCAAAUAUCCUGUGCUAUUCCUGCUUCUCCUGAUAGCCUACGUUAUAUUAACGUUUGUGCUUCUUCUGAACAUGCUCAUCGCUCUGAUGGGAGAGACGGUGGAGAAAAUCUCAAAGGAAAGUGAGCACAUCUGGAGGCUCCAGAGAGCGAGAACCAUUUUGGAGUUUGAAAAAAGUUUGCCCAUGUGGCUCAAGGAUAAAUUUCAGCUUGGAGAACCCUGUACAGUUUCCAAAAAUGAUAACAGGACAUGUUUAAGGAUAAAUGAAGUUAAAUGGACUGAAUGGCACAAUCAUGUCACCUGCAUAAAUGAAGAGCCUGGUUUUACUAUGAUAAGAGGGGGUGAAAAUAACACCAACCUGAAUGGGGAGGAUGAGCCCGACAAUUUUGAAAAUGACCAAGAAAUCACAAUCGUCUUUGAAAAUCCAAAGAACCAAACAUUUGAGACCACAGUUUAG